CUGAGAGUAAAAUUUAGGCCUGUUGUGGAUCAUGUACAGGGAUAUGAAGACUGGUUGCUUCAGUGCUUCAUUAUUGGUGUGCCAAGGGUUCGUCAGCAUCCAGACAAAGAACUUUUCAAAGCGCUGAAAUGGAUUGUGUUCGCGAAAGAUACUGUCUUUACGCAACAUGUUCUCCCUCAACUUAUCAUUCGACUGAUACUCGAGAAUAAUGAAGAUAUGAUCAAUGAGUACUGUGACGAAAUGACGAGUGUUCUGCGCCGUGUGGUGACGAAUGCUGCCGGCUGGAUGCGGCUGGCAGCACAUGUGGUGUUCUCAGUACUCGAUACAUUGGAGCAGUACGCGAUUCGAAGGAUGGCAAAGAAAAGGCCAAAUGAUAAGGAACUGGAGAGGACGCAAGCGUUUUUGUCUCGGGUCUUCUCUGAAAAGGCAACCAACGGUUCAUUACUGGUAGUAGUGGCUGCCGAGAGGUGUCAAUGCAUGCAUAGAGCUCUUCGAUGGUGCGAACAGCAUGAGAUCAAGCAGGACAGCUUUGGUUGUAAUAUCUUUGAUCGGAAUCAUUUCUUCACCCUUGAGGUAAAUUAUUCGGGCUCUCUUGUCUUCUUUUUCUCUGUCAUUUGA